CAAACAAAAAUGGUUACCGUACAUACAUAAUGUACCUACAAGUUGCAAGUCCCAUUUAUUAAAAUAAGUGCAUCUUCAUUUGCGUUAUUAAUGAAUAAUUACACGUAUACGAAAUAGGGGAUUUAAAUGAUACUUUGAAGCACUAAAAACAUUACAUUCCACAGUAUUUUCACAGUCUACUAAACAAAACUACAAUAUAAAAGUGAAUAAGGAUGGAGUCCAGCCAAAUCCUUGAAAAAUUGAAAACUUAUGGCGUUGGCCGUCGGAAGCUUGGUGACAUUCUUUUUAUAAAUGACAAACCGCCUCCCAGGCUGGGUGUUUACGAUUUUGACGAAGAAAAUCUCUGCCAUGAAGUAAUACAAUCAACUUGCAACAUUCCUGGAUGUGAUUUUACAACAGAAUCUUUGCUAGAAUUUGAGAAUCACUACAACUCUUCACAUAGAUACUCCUGUGCACAGUGCAAAAAGGUUCUACCCUCGCCCCAUUUGCUAGAUUUGCACAUACAAGAAAAUCAUGACUCGUUUUUCGCAGUUUUAGCAGAAAAGAGGCCCUCGUACAGCUGCUACAUAGAAGAAUGCAAACACAAGUUCAUGAAUGCUAAUGACCGACUGCAGCACUGUGUAGAGGAACACAACUUACCAAAAGAAUUCCGGUUCGAAACGAAACCGAAAAAGUCAAAGAAAAAAACCAAAACCAAACAAAAAACCGAUGAGAACGCGAUGUGCAUGGAACUUGAUAACGAAAGCACAAGCGAAGUGAAAAACAAAUUAGUCUUAGCUACAAGCAAACAAAAGACAUUCGCCAAAUACAGCGGCAGAAAAUUCACGAAAUCUGAUGCUAACAAACCCUCAAAAGAUGUUAAUAUGGACGAAGUGAUGGCAGAUUUGAAGGAGAGUUUGCCAGAAUAAAAAGAAGAAUUUAGAAUUUUCAAUCAGAUUUUAUUCGUUAUCCUCAAGCUCUCUACAUAAAUAAACAUAUUUAAACUCUUGUGGUAACAUCUUCAAAGUAUGUCUUGGCAUACACCCAAUAGAAAAUCUCUCAGAUAUAGCAGCUAAUUUUGAAUAUCAAUCCAAACAUUUUGUAGAGAUUCCUUAGCCAACUUUUUGCUGUAUACUACACGCUGAACGAUAUUUCACAUUUAUACAUUACACUUACUUAGAUCCUUUACAAUAAUGUCAACCGUUACAAUUUCAACGACUACAAUAAAAUAAAUUAUAGAUUUGA